CCUCAGGCCUUUCCCGCCUUUUGCUCUUAACCAAUCAAUGAGCUAGACCUGGAUCCACGGACCAAUCAGUGAUAUCGGCUCUAGGCUACUACUUCCGGUCCUCAGGGGCCAGGCGGCGCCAUGUUUCAAGGGCAGCGCGGGUGGUUCUGUGGCAGCGUGGGCCAGGACCUGAGACAGAUUUGGGUGGCGGAGGGCGGGAUGGUCAGUGACCUGGCCGCCGCCGACUUCCUGUUUAGCUGCGACGCCUCGCACCCAGACACGCAGAGAAUUUAUCAGAGCCUUGAUUACAUAGAAGAUAACGCUACAGUUUUUCAUGCCUACUAUCUCUCUGCAGUAGCUAAUGCUGAAAUAAAAAACUCAGUGGCUUUGGGUCAUUUCAUUCUGCCUCCUGCCUGCCUGCACAAAGAAAUAAGAAGAAAAAUUGGUAGUUUUAUUUGGGAACAAGACCAACAAUGUCCGAUAGAAAAGCAUGAUGAGGUAACAUCAACUGAAAUAAAUGCCGUCAGGGAAAACAGUGAACUAGCCACAGAGAAUGAAAUGGAAUUAUCCAGAAGCACAGAAGAUAAUCUUUUAAGGACUCCGGUUGUGGAAAAGCAGAUGUACUUUCCUCUGCAGGAUUACCCAGUGAACAACAUGGUAACAGGUUACAUAUCAAUUGAUGCCAUGAAGAAAUUCCUUGGGGAGUUACAUGACUUCAUUCCUGGAAGCUCGGGCUAUUUGGCAUAUCAUGUUCAGGAUGAAAUUAAUAUGUCUGCUAUAAAAAGCCAGUUGAAAAGGAAAUGUUAAGUUAAAUUGGGCAUUUAUUUUGCAUGAAAUGUCACCAGAGAUACGCAUUUGAGACCUGGAAACGGGAAGGGGCGGAGGAGUAGAGAAACCUGUCUCUCCGUGAGGCCUCAGUGAGAAUCAUUUCAUCUCUGGGUUGUGACAUUUGUACUGGACUUUCCCGGCUAUGCAACAUGUCCACAAAUUCCGAGCAGACAGAUUGUCUUUGAAUACUGUAUGGGCCUCUCUCUCUGUCAAAUGUUUUUUUAAAUUUAAUAUUCUAUUUUUUCUAGGGUCAGUAUUGUGAAUGUAAGGGUUAAUGAUUCUGGUUGUUUUAUUUAUUUAUUUAUUUAAUUUAUUUUUCUUUUUGAGACCAGGUCUCAUUGUGCAGUUCAGGCUGGCCUUGAGUUCACAUUGGCCCAGGCUGGCCUUGAACUCACAGUGAUUGGCCUCAGCCUCCGGAGCACUGGGAUUUCAGGCAUAGGCCACUAUGCCUGGCUUUGGCUGUUUCACUUUGAAUUUAAAAGUUAGAAUGCUACAAUUGAGCUCUGAGUGUCAGCAUAGGGAGUAAAACAUCUUAACAGUUCAUUCUUCUCCCCGCUGGUUGCCGAUGCUGAACACCUGGGGAGGAAUGGCUCUGAGCCUUAGUCCUCUGAGAUGAACCCGCAAGACACCGAGAUCACCGCUGCACAGGGCCUGGGAGGAUGUGGGGGCGAAUGCACCUACAACCAUGGUCACCCACGUCAGGUGGGCCCAAGUCUCCCCGUGCUGCCCAGGCUGGCCCUAGCUCCCGAGCAUCGGGGACUUGGGCGAGCCGCUGUGCCAGCUUGCGGUCCUAGCGUCUCGGCGUGAUUCCCGUCUUCAUUCGUGUGCGGAGGCUUGUGGAAUAAUUACAUUUUGGAGAUGUAAUGACCUGUCUUUCGCAGCUGUCAUCUUGUUAGAAUUGCUCUUUCUUCUAGAGAUGUACAGUGGCUGCAGACUGUUUCCACCGGCAACUUUCCCUCAUUUAUUUCUGUGGCUAAGCCCUUCUAAAUCUGUAAAUUAAAAUAAACACAGUUAAUCAUCUUUUCCGGAAACAUAUUAAA